GUUCCUCCUCCACUACAUUGAUACAGCGUGUUCCUCCACCUCCACUACAUUGAUACAGCGUGUUCCUCCACUACAUUGAUACAGCGUGUUCCUCCACCUCCACUACAUUGAUACAGCGUGUUCCUCCACUACAUUGAUACAGCGUGUUCCUCCUCCUCCACUACAUUGAUACAGCGUGUUCCUCCUCCUCCACUACAUUGAUACAGCGUGUUCCUCCACCUCCACUACAUUGAUACAGCGUGUUCCUCCACUACAUUGAUACAGCGUGUUCCUCCACCUACACUACUGUGAUUAAGCAUCUUGGGGAUUUAGAAGUGAGUAUACGGCCACUGAAGAAUAAGUGUGUAUACGGAGUACACCUGGUAUAGUCUCCCACUACAGCACUUUAUACAACAAGAAGCCUAGGUCCUUACAGUCCUUAGCCGUGGUAUAUUGGCCAUAUACAUAUACAUAUAUUACCCCUAACCAGAGGAGCUUCCUUGUGACAGGUUAGGACUCAGCCCCUAACCAGAGGAGCUUCCUUGUGACACGUUAGGACUCAGCCCCUAACCAGAGGAGCUUCCUUGUGACACGUUAGGACUCAGCCCCUAACCAGAGGAGCUUCCUUGUGACACGUUAGGACUCAGCCCCUAACCAGAGGAGCUUCCUUGUGACACGUUAGGACUCAGCCCCUAACCAGAGGAGCUUCGUUGUGACAGGUUAGGACUCAGCCCCUAACCAGAGGAGCUUCCUUGUGACACUGGGCCUCCAUUUGACCAGGGUCAAAUAGGUUAGAAAACAUCAAGGAGGCAUCCCUAGUCCUUAUAUAGUGCACUACAGAGGCCUAUAGACCCUGGUCAAAUGGAGUGCACUACAGAGCCCUAUAGACCCUGGUCAAAUGGAGUGCACUACAGAGCCCUAUAGACCCUGGUCAAAUGGAGUGCACUACAGAGCCCUAUAGACCCUGGUCAAAUGGAGUGCACUACAGAGCCCUAUAGACCCUGGUCAAAUGGAGUGCACUACAGAGCCCUAUAGACCCUGGUCAAAUGGAGUGCACUACAGAGCCCUAUAGACCCUGGUCAAAUGGAGUGCACUACAGAGCCCUAUAGACCCUGGUCAAAUGGAGUUCACUACAGAGCCCUAUGGACCCUGGUCAAAUGGAGUGCACUACAGAGCCCUAUAGACCCUGGUCAAAUGGAGUGCACUACAGAGCCCUAUAGACCCUGGUCAAAUGGAGUGCACUACAGAGUCCUAUAGACCCUGGUCAAAUGGAGUGCACUACAGAGUCCUAUAGACCCUGGUCAAAUGGAGUGCACUACAGAGUCCUAUAGACCCUGGUCAAAUGGAGUGCAUUACAGAGUCCUAUAGACCCUGGUCAAAUGGAGUGCACUACAGAUCCCUAUAGACCCUGGUCAAAUGGAGUGCACUACAGAGUCCUAUAGACCCUGGUCAAAUGGAGUGCACUACAGAGCCUUAUAGACCCUAUUCCCUUAAUAGGGCACUACAGAGUCCUAUAGACCCUGGUCAAAUGGAGUGCACUACAGAGCCCUAUAUACCCUAUUCCCUUAAUUUGUGCACUACCUUUGACCAGGACAUGUGGGUUAAUAGGGUCCCAUUUCAGAGAAACCAUAUCAUCUACCAUAAUAGUGGUACCUCCUCUCCUCCGUCAUUGGUUCUCAGCGUUCGACACUGAAGAGCCGAAGACGUUUCCCGAUCGACAGUGACGUCAACAACAAAAGGUGACAAUUUCACAAAUCAGCUUUUUCAUUAUGACUGAUCAUUUUUCAGUGUUUUACUCUGGGUGUUUUUUUCUCUUUAUAUUCACUUUGCAUAUUUUCCGUUGAUAAAUGGAAACUCUUUUACCAGAAUAAUGAACUGUACACCUGAAUUGGUGGUUUGGUAUUACUGGUACUGAGGUAUCUAUGGCAUCGAUCAUCGCACAAUCUCAAAUGUCUUUCCGAAAGACUUGGUAAUAUAAAAGUCUGAGAAGAUUAUUUUUUUGGGGGCGAGGUACACUUCUUCUCAUCAUCAUGAGUCUCAGCCUGUUGACAUUUCUCUGUCUCGGUCUUUGCCUCCCAGUGUGGAAUGCCCUGAAGGUUUCCCAGCCGUACCGUGUGGUGAGUCAUCGUGGUGAGGUGGAGUUAUUCUGCUCCUACCACCACACGGGGAGACAUGAACCGGAGGAGCUAAGGAUCGCUCUGUAUCGGGGGAUGUACGGCGAGCAGGAAGAACAGAAGGUGUGCGCCUCCUCCUUCACCAACACAAACACAGACUUCCAGACGGAGGGAGAGGCAGAGAGGACGGUGCGUUGUCGAGGCCAGUUAGAGCCUGGCAAGGUGAACCUGACUAUCUCUGGUCUCCGGGGUAACGACACUGACCUGUACCGCUGUGCCAUAGAAGUCCUGUACCCUCCGCCAUACCUCAGGACGUUUGGGAAUGGCACCCUUCUCUAUAUAACAGAGGAACCUGAGUGCUUUACCCCAGAGGCCCAGAGAAGAGAUGAUGUAACGGGAGAAACGUCAGUCAGACUACCGCUAGCAGGACUGGCCGCUGCCACCAUAUUAAUAGUCAUCUCUGCCAUUGUUAUCCUCUUCGUUCAUCAGGUUCUACAGAGGAAAAGGAGAUUUGAAACAAUAAUACCAAUGGCGUCACAGAAUGACGGAAGAUUUGAUUAUGGGAACUUCCAAUGAAGAAUUUUUAAAGAAAUUAUAUAUAUUUUAUAUAUAUAUAUAUUAUUUUUUUAAAUCCAUUCUAUAUGUUUCAUUGUGUUGUAAUAUAAAGAAAUUGCAGACUAGUGAAAUCAAGUCUACGACUAGCCUCGAAUAAAUUGUUGGUUUUUGAUCAGUAAUUUCCGUCUUUGUCACAAUCAUUUCUUAUAAACACACGUUUUGUUGAAUAGCCAAUUGGUUACUGAACACUCAAGAGUGUGCUGAUGAUCUUACUCAGAGAUUUCACCAGUAGCACUAAUAUCUAGAUGGCAUUUCAAAUGAAAUGACUACACAUUUACUGAGAUUUCUUUGUCCUACUCAAAAUAAAACACUAGACCACGAUAAAGAUCCAUAUUGAGAUUGUGGUCGAGACUCAAGACAGCCUUUGAUGAGUUAUCACUUCCUGUCUGGAUCGACAGCCGACAGCUGGAGAAAUAUUCAAAUAAACAGCUGGAGAAAUAUUCAAAUAAACAGCUGGAGAAAUAUUCAAAUAAACAGCUGGAGAAAUAUUCAAAUAAACAGCUGGAGAAAUAUUCAAAUAAACAGCUGGAGAAAUAUUCAAAUAAACAUGUGUAGGCUAUUAUAAUUGGUUUUACCUUUUAGAAAUAUGUAUUUACCAAUCACUCACAAAAUCCUAAAAUGUGUGUCUUUUUAAGAACCGUAUAGCUGAAUAAUUCCUUAACCUAUAGGGCUUUGUAGUGCACUCCAUUUGACCAGGGUCUAUAGGGCUUUGUAGUGCACUCCAUUUGACCAGGGUCUAUAGGGCUCUGUAGUGCACUCCAUUUGACCAGGGUCUAUAGGGCUCUGUAGUGCACUCCAUUUGACCAGGGUCUAUAGGGCUCUGUAGUGCACUCCAUUUGACCAGGGUCUAUAGGGCUCUGUAGUGCACUCCAUUUGACCAGGGUCUAUAGGGCUCUGUAGUGCACUCCAUUUGACCAGGGUCUAUAGGGCUCUGUAGUGCACUCCAUUUGACCAGGGUCUAACAAUAAUUCAAUUCAUGAUACAGUGGCCUUCAGAAAGUAUUCACACCCCAUGACUUUUCCCACAUUUUAUUGUUACAGCCUGAAAUUAAAAAUGGAUUCCAUUGAGAUUGUGUGUCACUGGGCCUACACACAACACACCAUAAUGUCAAAGUGGAAUUAUGUCUUUAGACAUUUUUUUACAAAUUAAUUAAAAAUUAGAAGCUUAAAGGUCUUGAGUCAAUAACUAUUGAACUUUGUUCUGGCAAGCCUAAAUAAGUUCAGGAAUAAACAUUUGCUUAACAAUCACAUUAUACUGUUGCAUGGACUCACUGUGUGUGCAGUAAUAGUGUUUAAUAUGAUUUCUGAAUGACUACCUCGUCUCUGUACCCCCACACAUACAAUUAUCUAUAAGGUCCCUCAGUCGAGCAGAGAAUUUCCAACACAGAUUCAACCACAAACACCAGGGAGGUUUUCCAAUGCCUCGCAAAGAAGGCCACCUAUUGGUAGAUGGGUAAAACAUGAAAAAGCAGACAUUGAAUAUCCCUUUGAGCAUGGUGAAGUUAUUAAUUACACUUUGGAUGGCGUAUCAAUACACCCAGUCACUACAAAGAUACAGGAGUCCUUCCUAACUCAGUUGCUGGAGUUACUCCCCAAUACUAACCAUAACUUACUCCACAAUACUAACCAUAACUUACUCCCCAAUACUAACCAUAACUUACUCCACAAUACUAACCAUAACUUACUCCCCAAUACUAACCUAACUUACGCCCCAAUACUAACCAUAACUUACUCCCCAAUACUAACCAUAACUUACGCCACAAUACUAACCAUAACUUACGCCACAAUACUAACCAUAACUUACGCCACAAUACUAACCAUAACUUACUCCACAAUACUAACCUAGCUUACUCUGCAAUACUAACCUAACUGACAGAGUGAAAAGAAGGAAGCCUGUACAGAAUAAAAAUAUUCCAAAACAUCCACUCUGGUGGUGGCUGCAUCAUGUUAUGAGUAUGCUUGUCAUCGGCAAGGACUAGGGAGUUUUUCAGUAUAAAAAAUAAAUGGAAUAGAGCUAAGCCCAGGUAAAAAACUAGAGGAAAACCUGGUUUAGUCUGCUUUCCAACAGACACUGGGAGACGAAUCCACCUUUCAGCAGGACAAUAGCCUAAAACACAAGGCUAUAUACAUGUAAUAUUCCUGAGGAGCUGGCCUAUUACAUUUUUGACUAAAAUUGUCUUGAACAUCUAUGGCAAUACUUGAAAAUGGCUUUCUAGCAAUGAUCACAACCUACUUGACAAAGCUUGAAGAAUAUUAAAGAGAAUAAUGUGCAAAUAUUGUACAAUCAAGAUGAGUAAAGCUCUUCGAUACUUACUCAGAAAUACUCACAGCUGUAAUCGCAGCCAACGGUGAAUCUAACAUGUGUUGACUAAAGGGUGUGAAUACUUAUUUUUGUUUAAAAAAUAAAUAAAUAAUAAUUUUCAAUAAAAUUAGCAAACAUUUCUAAAAAAACAUAUUUUCACUUUUUCAUGAUGAAGUAAAUGGGUUUUUAGCUUGUAGCACAACAAUAUGUGGAAUCAUUUGAGGGGUAUAAAUACUUUCGGAAUGUAAGGGCUGUCGUUCUCCUCUUCCUCGGACGAGGAGAGGAGAGAAGGAUCAGUAGACCAAAACGCAGCAUUCGGGAAAUAAGCCUUCUCUUUAUUAUAAACGACGGCAACACGAAAACAAAACACUUUCAAAAUACAAAACAAGAAAACGACGUAGACGAAAACCUGAACAUGAACUUACUUAACUAAAACGUAAAACUCACGGACAGGAACAGACUACAUCAAAAACGCACGAACAACCAAACAGUCCCGUAUGGUGCAAACCAUAACACAGAUACGGAAGACAAUCACCCACAAACAAACAGUGAGAACACCCUACCUAAAUAUGACUCUCAAUUAGAGGAAAACGCAAAACACCUGCCUCUAAUUAAGAGCCAUACCAGGCAACCCAAAACCAACAUAGAAACAGAAAACAUUGACUGCCCACCCAAAACACACGCCCUGACCAUAAACACAUACAAAAACAACAGAAAACAGGUCAGGACCGUUACACGGAAGGCAUUGUAGAUUAUCAGGUGCCAAGAACUUUGACCGUCGACCCCGACAACAACAUUUUCUGAAAAAUAUGCCUUUAAUAAGUUGAUGUAGUCUUAUUUUGUUACCAAAGUAAUAAUAAGAAAGAAAAGUGAAUCAAACCUCAAAAGCACUUCUUCAUUAUCAAUCCAUCUGCCAGUUUCCCCACUGACACCCUGUUCCCUAAGUAGUGCACUGCUUCUAACCAGCGUGCCAUUUGGGACACAGUUUCCAGCGUGUGCUUUGACAGUAUAAUAACAGGAUGUCAGGAUCGGGGCCCCAUGCAGCUCUGGGGUUCAAGCACUAUUUGAAAUCACUUCAAAUGCUUUAGCUGGGCUUGAUUGGCUGCUUGACAGUUACAAUGGAACCAGCAGGAAGUUCCUAUACGCCCCAAACCCUGUCCAUCUGCUACUGCAGGCAGGCUAAAGCUAACACUUACAAGUAUUUGAAAGAUUUCAAAUAGUAUUUGAACCCAGGCAUGCCCUACAGGAGGCCUCUUCUUCUAGAGACUACCGCACCUUUACAGCUAGUGUGCGUCCCAAACGGCACCUUAUUCCCUACAUAGUGCACUACUUUUGACCAGAGCCCUAUGGCACCCUAUGUAGGGAAUAGGGUGCUACGGCCCAUAGGGCUCUGGUCUAAAGUAGUGUACUAUGUAGGGAAUAGGGUGCUACGGCCCAUAGGGCUCUGGUCUAAAGUAGUGCACUAUGUAGGGAAUAGGGCUCUGGUCUAAAGUAGUGCACUAUAUAGGGAAUAGGGCUCUGGUCUAAAGUAGUGCACUAUGUAGGGAAUAGGGUGCUACGGCCCAUAGGGCUCUGGUCUAAAGUAGUGCACUAUGUAGUGAAUAGGGUGCUACGGCCCAUAGGGCUCUGGUCUAAAGUAGUGCACUAUGUAGGCAAUAGGAUGCCAUUUGGACGAGCCCAGCCUCUUUACUGCUGACUGACUUCGGUCUAGUUCCUCGUGACAAACUUCAGAGAAACACACUCAACACAACAGGAUGUGGCAGUAACCACUGAUUAGGCUCGCCUAGUUAGAAAUCAAAGGGUUUUUCCUUUUUUACUGAUAACAGAAAUUGUCCGUGAACAUGCUGGUACAGCAGAUUUACAUGACCUACAACAAAAAAUGACGAAAAAUGGAGAAAAGGAAAAUGUGUACAUUUAAUAGCUAACAAGGUACGGGUGCUGUAUUUACCGUAUUUAGUGGAGCCUAUUAGUCUGCUAACAACAGAAAAACACACCCGUACCACUGGCAAGGAACCUGUUAAGCUCCAUUUAUUCUCACGGGAAUGCAAAUGCCUCCAUAUUUCCAUUUCUACUAAAUCAAAACUAGAAAGAUUUUCCAGUGUGGUCAAAAGUGUUUAACCACGAACAAGUCCUCUUGUCUUCGCUUUAACCAUACACAGUCACUAUCCAUUUUAGCGUAUGAAAUGGUCUUUCAUAAUAAUAGACAUUAGAUAUUA